AUGUCGCAAAACAAAGACGGCUGCUACACGCACGUCCACAUGCGGCAGGCGCGCGACGCGGACCUGUUUGAGGACUUUUGCAAGGACAAGCUCCCGGCCGACGACAUCUUUGUGCCGCCGCACCACCAGCCCAUCAACCCCGAGGACGAGGACGACGUGGUCCCGGACCAGCACGCCGCGUUUGGCAUCACAAAGGCCACGCAAAAGACAAAGGAGCCCGCCUGGAGGGACCUGGGUCUGUCGGAGCUCAUGACGCGCGGGCCGGCUGGUGCGAGCGGGGGCAGCAAUGCUGGUGCUGGUGCUGCGACUGGAACGGGACCGGGUGGCGCGAGGAGGGCCGCCAAGAAGCUUGCGCUGCGGCAGCAGGGUUUGCCGCGAUGA